AUGGAAACCAAGUGGUCCCCACUGACAGCGACGAGUGAAUCAGAUGCAAGCUAUUCAAUCGGACCACCUCCAUACGGUAAGAUACGUAAAGCUACAAAAAAUCGACGUGAUCUUCAAGGGAUUCGAGGAAUAGCCAUCAGCGCAGUUGUGCUGUUCCAUUUCUUCCCGAAGUAUUUCCCAAAUGGUCACAUCGGCGUUGAUCAAUUCUUCGUUCUCUCUGGUUUUUUGAUGUCAAUGGUGACGGAGCGAGAGAAGCGAUUCAGAGGACGGGAAAUAGCCAAUUUUUACUACCGCCGCUUGAAGCGUAUCGUGCCGUUGUAUCUACUUGUGCUUCUGGGUUGUGUUGCCGUUUCUGAGGCGUGCCUAUUCGGCUAUCUUACAUUCCACUAA